UCUCUCUCUCUCUCUCUCUCUCUCUCUCUCUCUCUCUCGUCUAUUCAUAAUAAGACUUCAGAGACUACUGCACUUAUGUAGCGCUCGCUCUCUCACACACACACUCUCUAUUCAUAAUAAGACUUGAGAGAGAGAGAGAGAGAGAGAGAGAGAGAGAAUGGGGAGAGCUCCAUGUUGCUCAAAGGUGGGUUUGCACAGGGGGCCUUGGUCUGUCAAGGAAGACAAGUUGCUCAUUCAGCAUAUUCAAGCUCAUGGAGAAGGCCACUGGAAAUCCAUGCCUAAAAGAGCAGGAUUACUCAGAUGUGGAAAGAGUUGUAGGCUAAGAUGGAUGAACUAUCUCCGGCCCGACAUCAAGCGCGGGAACAUAACCCCAGAUGAGGAAGACCUCAUCGUCCGCCUCCACGCCCUGCUCGGCAACCGCUGGUCCCUCAUAGCUGGGAGACUGCCGAGCCGGACCGACAACGAGAUAAAGAACUACUGGAAUUCCCACCUCAGCAAAAGAGUGAACGAUAAUAAUCACCAAAGGAAUCGCAAUAAUAGAGGCGUUAAGGGGCCCAAAAAGAGGAAUAUUGUCACAGCUAAUAAGGUCAGGUCGUUCACCAAUAAGCAGAAACAAGAGAUGACCAAUGAAAAGGGUGAGACAAAAUUGACAAAGAUCAAAGUGCAUCAGCCAAAGCCCACUAGGGUUUCAGCUGUUGCCAGGAACAACAUUUGUAAUAGUCUUCCGUGGGGGUCAUGUGUGAACACGAGUAAUAAUAAUAUUCUUGAAGAACAGCUUCCACAACAACUCCCUCCCUAUCCAUCCUCUGGUUUGACGGCAAGGAGCUCCGCUUCCGACAUUGAGGGAGUGUUGGUCUUAGACGAAGAUCUUAUCAACGUUAGCGGUGAGUGCUACUAUUAUGAUCAUCAUCAAGAAACUACAAGUUCACGCGAAAUCUUGAUACCCACCAGGGAAGAGAACGACAGCAUGUUGCAGAAGAUCUUCGAGGAUUUUCAGGAGCUCCUGGGAGCGAAGGAUAGCGUGCAGAUGGAGACAUUCGUCAAUUCCUUGUUGAUUUGACUGGUAACAAAUUGUAACUAUUAUUGUGAUUAUUGAAAAGAGACUGUAGCAGUUGGCUUUUGAAUGUUCCGCAACGAAUUUUCACGUGCC